AUGAGACUGUACGUGAUCCUUCCACUGUGUGCUCUGCUCACCCUCACAGAGCAGGAACAUCAACAUGGAAAGUGUGCGUGUGAGCUGAGUAACUCAGAGAGGGCAUUCCCUCAUGAAAAACUCAGGAGAGCUGAAAGCAGCGCCUCAGCCUGCAACAGCAACAUCACCCCACAGAAGACGGUGGAGCUGGAGAGUCUGCUGCAGGGGCUGGAGCAACGUCUUGGUGAGCUGCACAAAGAUGUGCAGAUCCUGGAGAAGGAGGAUGACGGGGAGCUGUACGGAGUCCUCAGCCUGUAUGUUAUAGAGAACGAAAUGACUGAGAUCAAACUGCUGAUGGACAAGCUCAACAGCACCACUCUGGGACACCAGCUCCUCACUGCUAACACCUCUCAGCAGCUGGAGAACAUGAAAACAGAGAUGGAAGAGCUGGAGAAGUUCGACAGCAUGCAGGUGAUAAAGGGACAACAAACCAUCAGGAGUUUGACCACAGACCUGGACAGCUGCAAAAGGGAACUCGGGGUGCUUUCCCAGCUUCCCCAGGGUACCUGUCCUCGCAGCCGGAUCUUAAACGUCACCGGGCCGGUGUUCUUCACAGCCGGAGAGUAUCCCGGCUCGUAUCCUUAUGGAGCCUGGGGCCGCGAUCCCAAACCAGAGAAAGGGAAAGAGAGCUGGUAUUGGGUGGUGAUGAUGACUUCCAACAACAGAUACUCCAACUAUGUUCGUUUUUACUCCAGUCUGAGCACUCUCAUCAUCGGAGUGAGCGUCCCAGGUAAUGUUGAGAUCCACUCUUCAAACCCAGCUACCAACACCAUCCAGGGUCCAAACAACGUUGUGUAUGGAGGCGCUUUGUACUACAACUGUUAUGAUAGAGAUGCUGUGUGUAGAUUCAACCUCACCACCAAAAGUGUCUCCACCAUAGAGCUACACAAAGACACCAGGUAUAACUCCAAGGCUAACUUCUGCCACCUUGAUGAAUGCUACCCAUACACCGACCUGGACCUGGCGACUGAUGAAUCUGGUGUCUGGGUGAUCUUCACCACCGCCCUGGACUUUGGCAACAUCAUACUGUCUAAUGUGGAGGAGGGUGACCCACCAGUGCUUGGAAAAACCUGGCAAACGUCACUCUACAAGCAGGCAGUGACCAACACCUUCAUGGCCUGCGGCGUCCUCUACGCCACACGCUACGUCAGCGAAGAGGUGGAGGAGAUCUUUUACUCGUUCAACACCGUGACGGGGAAGGAGCGGUUCAGCGUGGGCAUCUUCAUCAACAAGGUUUCUCCCAACAUCCAAGCCCUGAACUACAGCCCUGUGGACCAGAUGCUAUACGCCUACUGUGACUCCAUCAUGGUUUCCUACAAGAUGUUCUUCAAGUAA